UUGAGCUCAUGAUUCAAUUUGUACAAUUUAUGUCAGAGAGAAGUGCAAGAAGAAAAGGAUGCUGAAUCUUUGAUGACAGCACUUGCGGCAAGUGUAAGCAUGCACCAACUAGAGAACACUAGUAGUGGCAAUUGCUUAUUUGAGUCAUUCGCUCUUCUCAUCUACGGAAGUAGUUCACUGCUCAGGCAGGUCAGAGAGGAGGCAGUUGAGUACAUCAGAAAUAACUCUAACACUUUCAUGGAUGCAGUAGUCGCAAUUGAAAACGACGACCAUGCAUCACCUGGCCGUGCACGAUUCAAUCGCUAUUUGAGCAAUAUGUCAAGAGACACACAUUGGGGAGAUGCUGUUUGUAUUGAAGCUCUUGCAAUGCGCAACAAAUUGCGAAUGUCCGUUUAUGUUUCGCCAGCUGGCUACAGAGUAGAGCUAAACAGUGAAAGAGCAGAAACUAAACGGCAUGUUCACAUUGCCAGCAUCAGCAACAGGCAUUUAGAGCAAUGGUGCCAGACAGAAUUGACAAUUUUGAACAAAUACCGUUGUCAGUUACCCUCCUUUGCCUUUUGCAAGUCCUUAUCAAUGCAAGACAUGCUGAACAAUUUAACUUACGAACACCUAUGCUCAUUCGUUGGGAGAAACUGUAUCUAAACUUUACUAUUGUGUGAGUAAAUACAAUACGAUAAUUUGUUGCAGUUACACCUGGAAAUGCCAACUACAAUCCUGUUACUACUGGAUCGUUGUCUCUAAUCGAACUAGAAUGGCUGCGUUAAACAAUCGAAGAUCUGCCGGUAUUCUUACUGGCAGUGAGAUCAGACACGGAUUAUAAACUUCGUGCACGAAAUGUUUGAAACUUACGUGAAUUCGUUGAGACCGCAACCUGUUAAGCGUUUGUCCAGCUUUCUGUUUACAAAGAUAUCAAAAGACCUCAAUGGAGCAGAACGCUGGACAAGAAAGACUAUUUUCAGAAAAUGGAUAACCAAAGAAAGUACUUUGCAGACUGGUCAAAGGCUGUAUACUUCAACAUGGCCAAUUAUCUACGCUGUUUCACAAAAUUUUUCACAACAAGGAGACCCAGUCAAUUGAGGAAUCUGGACAUGCAUGAAUAUGCUAUCGGCUGCUGUAAACAACCCAAGAUUAACUCUUAAUAUCGAUCCUAACCGUAUUCGUCUCUGGUUGGCCGCAAGAAUCUUGUGGGUCGGCUGCAGAGAAAGGUUGACUGAGUUCACUGAGUACUACAAAGAUAACAAAGAAGAUGAACCAGAAUACCCCGUAGAAAGCAGUCCAAAGACCAUACACGACCAGUUUGAAGAAGUAUUCACACGUAAGAACGCUGAAGAUAAUGAAGAAGUUCCACCACAACCCAAACGCAGAAAGCUUUCUGAUGUUGAAAGCAACAUUUUGAAGCAUUCCAAAAGACCAAGCUUCGCCUUUACGAAGCCGGCCUUCAACCUCCCCUUGCCAUCAAGGGUUGAUGAUUUCAGGACAGUGGAACAGGAAAGCAUACAAAUCCACAAACUGGAGAAUGAACAAUGGGUAACGUCCAGCAACAUAGGGCAAAAGUUGCUCUUUAUUACAGCGAUAUUCCGGGCUUUCAAAUUGAUCCACAUCUAAGCUAACAACUGGGAGUGAUUUACUAGCUUGCUGCGUUGGAAGAGGACAGCGAUAGCGAAGAACAGGAUUUUCACCACCUAGCCUUGCAUGUGGAAUCGCCCUAUGUGCAGCAGCGAGGGUCAAUGACAAUGGUCUUUUUGGCUAUUGCAUUUGCAGUGCAUCUAGCACGUGGAGAAGACUUAACCACCGUGAAGUAUGACCAGCAACAAAUGAGAGAACAUCUUGCCAAAAGUUUAGACGGAAGUCAUUGACUCCGUUUCCACUAGAGACUAACAUAUCUAAUAAACAACGUCCAUCUAAACGCAGAGGUACAACAAUUGAACUAUGCAGAAUGCGCCUAAUGCCGGCGACAUAUGACAACUCCAGUGUCUUCCCACAGCACAGCAACAUCUUGGAGCCAGACAAUUCAGAAGAGGAAUCGUAGGGUAGUAGCAACGGUACAGAUUUCUUUUCAUAAUCACUAUAAGAAACAGUCACUAGCACUUAUAAUUAAUUUUAAUAGUUUGUAUUUGUAACAGGAACUAAAUUAAUCGUAUUUUCUAUAAUAUGUUGAUAACAUUGAAUUUCCUAUCUAGUUUUUAAUGUAACAGUAACAUAGCAAUACGCAAUGCAAGCAGAGGUCAAAGACUUGAAGAACUCUGAAUCUUUCUCAUUUACUUAAUCCAUUAGAUUGUACAUACAGUCUACUCCCAGGA